AUGAUUACCUUUUUAAUAUUCUUUUGUAUCAUAUUAUCAUGUUCACUUUCUUUUUCUUUUAGGUUACAGUCAAACUUUACAAUACCUUCUAUUACAGCUCCAAUUCAAAAACGAGGGUUAACUAUUGGUUCUCAGUCUAGCAAUAUUGAUCAGAAUUCUAGUUUAGAGGAUUCUGAGCCCAUAUACUCAGAAGAAGGAUGGUUAAUGGAGCUAAACGAGAAAAAUGUAGAAGGUGUAUUGGACCUCAUUAGGCCGCAACUGUCCUCGGAUGGUGGAGGAAUUAACCUUAGUAGAAUAGAAGACAAUCAAAUAUUUGUGAAAUUCACAGGAUCGUGCAUCGGAUGCCCGUACAGGUCGACCACGCUGAAGGAAGUCAUAGAGAACAAUUUGACUAAGUUUCUCAAGUCGCCCAACGGGAGUCCGAUUUGCGUAAAAGUAAUUGAAAGUGAUAAUUAA